ACGUUUGAUAUUACUUUCAGCUAAUUUUUAGAUUCGAUUAUUUCGAUUGUUAUUUUAGCGAAUUCUGGUAGAUAUUGCACACAUUAAGUGUCAAAAUUUAUUCCUUGUCCAAAUACUUACUCACAUUAACAAUGGCUGAUCGUCUCACCCAAUUACAAGACACAAUAAAUCAGCAAGCGGAGCACUUUUGCAAUAGCAUCGGCAUACUUCAGCAGUUCUCUACGCCGAGCAAGUUUCCUGGUUUCGACCGUAGUGGCUCUCAAACGCCACAACAACAGCAGAGCCAGGAAGACUACGCUCUGUUGUUCGCCAGUUUGAUCUCGCGCUGUGCUAAGGAUAUUGAUACGCUAAUCGAAUCGCUUCCUAGCGAGGAGAGCUCUACAGAGUUGCAAGUACAGAGUUUGAGGCGUUUGGAGGCUGAGAAUAAGGAAGCUGCGGAAAGGCUGGAAGAGGCUGUCCGCCAAGGUGAGAUUCUGCUAGAGAAGAUCCAGGGAGCCCUCAGUGAUAUUGCCCAGUGUCAGUUGGAUAUGCAGAACCCAGCGCAGAUCCUGAACAAGGAUGUGAGACCCUUAUAGGACUCAAAGAAGCAUGGUGGCUACCACCGUCGGUGAAAAACUGUUUAAAGUGUGCUGUGUGUUACGUUAGAUGUGUUGGUUUUAGGGAAAGACCUUUGCGGGUGCCAACUUACAUAAUAAAAUUAAUAAAGUAUCUAUAUACAUUAUACAUACAACCGGACCCCUCAAGAAACUAAUUGGUAAUCCCUGCAUUAGACAUAAGACAAAUUUAAUUUUAUUCAUAGAAAGUAAGUAUUCUUUAUUGCACCAAUAACAAUACAUUUUACAUGUACCGAUAAGAAAAAAAUACUAGGUAUAAACCUUUGGGACAAUUUUUUUGAGAUUGGAUAAAGGAGACACUAAGUAAGUUUCUUUUGUACAAAAAUUAACGAAACAUUCUAUGAAAUCAAAUCAUCAUUCAAAUUUCAGAUGCUAAACUAUUGUUUGAACACCAAAGGGCUUAUUUAAUCUCAAUAAAAUUUUGAUAAGUAGUAUGUAUUUAUCCUUAUUUCUGUUUUCAAUUUUUAAACUACAACAAAGUACAAUAGGUGUAUCCAUUUAGGGUGAGAGGCAGUUUGUUUUUUGUACUUAUCCAUCCAUCCCAUUUAUCUCCAAAUAGGAUAAACUGAUUUAGUUCUGGUUUUCUGUAAUUAGAAUUCACAGUCUUUAAUAGUAGGUCAUAAAAACGCAGAUCUGAAAUGUGUACGUUCAUUGUUAUUUAUCAUAAAAACGAUAGUUUUAGUGUAAGCAUACUCGUAUGGUCUCCAUAAUAACAAUGUGAAAUAAGUAAUAAUCAAUUCAUAAAUCUUUUCUUUAUGAUAAAUACUACUAGAUUACUUAGCUCAUAUUAAGGAUUAUUUAAAAUAUUGAUGUAGCAAACAUGUUUUCCAUGUAUGGCGUAGUCAUUCAUAGAUCAGGGGGCCUAGCCAAGAUGACAAUUAUAAAUUAAUUUUGUAUUGUGCAGAAACGCCUGCCAACGUUGUUUAUAAAUAAAUAUUAUACGACAUUAUUACACAAAUUGACUAAGUCCCACAGUAAGCUCAAUAAGGCUUGUGUUGAGGGUACUUAGACAACGAUAUAUAUAAUAUGUAAAUAUUUAUAAAUAAAUAAAAAACACCUAUGACUCAGGAACAAAUAUCCAUGCUCAUCACACGAAUACCAGGAUUUGAACCCGGGACCAUCGGCAUCAUAGGCAGGGUCACUACCCACUAGGCCAGAGCGGUCGUCGUUUAUUAAGCUUAAAAAUAAAUUAAAAGUGGAAAAAAUCACUGUUUUGGGUGGAACUUGAACACACGACCACUGGAUCGCUAGCCCAGUGCUCUACCGUCUAAGCUACCAAGUCUCACCCAGGACAGUGAAUUUUUCCACUUAUAAUUUGUUUCUAAGCUCAACGCGUAACGAUAAGAAAAUAAUUAUGUAUCCAGAUAACAGAUGCUACAAAAGUCACGUGACUAUUUUCAUACAAGUAAGUUUCGAUAAGCGUUUUCUGUCGGCGAUUGUCAUCUUGGCUAGGCUAGGUGUAUUUGAGUGGAGAAAAGUGUUUUCAGUUUUUAUUCCAUCUAUGAUUUUUUUUUAAGUUUUUUGACUGUAAGUAAAUACAGUGUAAACUCCAUAUAACGUCACUCGAUAUAACGAUUCACUCCCUAUAGCGUCGACAUUUGUUGGCUAUAGUUGGUUUACGUUACUAUUAAUUUCUCUGUGACGAAAAUCCGGCAGUCAGUGUCGCUAUAUGGAGUUUACACGCUAAAAAACUUA